UGGACUCCCUAGAGAAGAAUAGGAAGAAGAUGAGUAGUGAAACGGUGUCGUUGAAGAAGAAGAAGGAUGGUUUAGGGUGGAUAGUGUGGUUAAAAGGAUGGGCUUAUGUUUUGCAAGAGAUUUUUUUGCAGAGAAUAAUGGCUUCUCACUUACACAAUCCAUUUCCUCUUCCUUCUCUAAACCAUUUAACCUGCAUUGUCACUGGCUCCUCUAGUGGCAUUGGCUCUGAGACCACUAGGCAGCUUGCAGAGGCUGGUGCUCAUGUUGUUAUGGCGGUAAGGAACAUAAAAGUUGCCCAUGAGCUGAUACAACAAUGGCAGACCAAGUGGUUUGCUAGUGGUAAAGGACUCCCACUUAAUAUUCAGGUGAUGGAACUUGAUCUUCUCUCUUUAGAUUCUGUCGUCAGAUUUAGCAAUGCGUGGAACGCACGGUUAGCCCCUCUGCACAAUGCCGGCAUGUUUACCAUGGGAGGGACACAAAAAUUCUCAAAAGAUGGAAAUGAAGAGCACUUGCAAGUGAACCAUUUAGCUCCAGCUCUGCUUUCACUACUCCUUUUGCCUUCGCUUAUCCGAGCUUCUCAAAGCCGAAUCAUUUAUGUCAACUCUGUUAUGCAUUAUAUUGGUUUUGUUGAUCCGAAUGAUCUAAAUGUUGUUUCUGGUAAACGAAAGUUUUCAAGCUUGAUUGGAUAUUCGAGCAGCAAACUUGCUCAGGUUAUGUUUAACAAUGUUCUUUCCAAGAGACUGCCUCUGGAAACUGGCAUUAGCGUCGUUUGUUUAUCCCCUGGUGUUGUCCAUACUAACAUUACUAGAGAUCUUCCAAGAGUUAUUCAACAUCUUUACUCUGCCUUGCCAUAUUUCAUAUAUUCGCCACAAGAAGGUUGUAGAAGCUCACUUUUCUCGGCGACAGAUUCUCAAAUUCCAAAAUACUGUGAAAAGUUAAAAACCGAUAACAAAUUCGUUUGCGCAUUCAUAUCUCAAAAUUGUCAACCUACAAGUUCUUCAGAAGAAGCUCAGGACAUAGAAACAUCGAACAAAGUUUGGGAAAAGACGUUAGAGCUUAUUGGUCUUCCUCUUGAUGCAUUGGAAAAGCUUAUACAAGGAGAACAAGUACAAUGUCGUUAUGGGAUCAUUCAUAAACAAUAA